UCUCACAUGUCUGUGACUCUGUGUCACAUACGUAUUGCCUUACUAGACGUAACUAUCAAAGUGGUUAAGUACUAAAUGGUUAUACAUUUAUAAUAAUUGUUAUAAAAUAAAAUACAAAAUAGUGAAAAUAUUAUGCCAUUUAAUUCCCUAAUGUGAUAUUGUGAUGCAUUGUAAUUUGUAACUUUUUUAAGACAUUAAAUUCAGUUAAAUCUUAAAUACACAGAUAAAUAAAAUAAUUUAUUGUUUAAACAUCUAGAGAUGGACAUAAUUUAAUAUUUUGUUUAGAUCGUGUUAAUUUAGUAAACUUUACCAACAUCAUAGGACAUUGAAAAAUCAAUAGGUCUUGAAUUACUUUUACAGACCAUUUAAAAUGAAUAAGUGUUCCAGAUUACUUGGCUGGCGUCGUUUAGCUGUAGGAAUAGCCUAUUGUCAAACAAAAGCCACUAACCCAGAUGAGGUUGAACAACCAAUUGUCAUAGAAUUGAAUCAAAUAGCCGAAAAACUGACCCACAAAUAUUUGUUACAACAAACGUGUACUAUAUCAGUAAACAGUUCUUGUCAAAUGAUUACAAUAGCACUAGUUGCACUCAAUGACGCAUCAAAGAAAUACAAAGAUGAACUAAUUAAGGGUAUGGACUUAUUGGAACCCAAUGGUUUGUUUGAUGAAAAAUCAGAAAAUGAUUUUAUGGAGUCUCGAUAUGAUAUUACGAAUGCAAAAUCAUUUUAUUUAGAUUCUAUUAGUGCUAUGGAUUGUGCUUUACAAUUAGGAAGGUCAAAUGCACUUAUGUCUCAUACAGUAGAAGCAAAUACUGUAUUAAAUAGUAUGUCUGAAAAACUUUACUCCGCUGAAAGAGAGUUUCAGUCUUGUGUUGAAGAGAUAAGAAAAUUAGAAGAAAAAUUUACUAGAUUAUUGGCGGACUCUGUGAAAACAUCUAAAAAUGAAGAUAGUUAAUAAAAUAAAAUUAUUAUGAAA